UUCGAUAAACACAUAUAUCCUCUUUCUUAUGUGGUUUCUGUCCUUCAGGUGACGUUCACCAAGCGUAAGUUUGGUCUGAUGAAGAAAGCGUACGAGCUGAGCGUGCUGUGCGACUGCGAGAUCGCCCUCAUCAUCUUCAACAGCACCAACAAGCUGUUCCAGUACGCCAGCACCGACAUGGACAAGGUCCUGCUCAAAUACACCGAGUACAACGAGCCGCACGAGAGCCGGACCAACUCCGACAUCGUGGACGUGAGUGACACGCACGCACGCACGCACGCACACACAC